AUGCUCUCACGUGUUGCUGCAGUGAAGGCACCCCGCACACACAACCGUCGCGGCGUGACCGGAUCCAACGGAAGGAGGAGGGAAGGAGGAGAGAGUGAGCCGCAGAGGCCCAACAUGUCCCGGCGUGUGUUUACUUCCGCGGUGCCGCUCCUUCUCGUCGUGAUGAUGUGCUGCGGCAGUGGAGCUGCAGUCCCGGAAGAGAAGCCGUCUGGCAAGGGAUCGGAAGCGGAGAAAUAUUUUGCUUGGAGAAAUAAGAAUGAUAAAGAAACAGUGAGUUUGCUUCGUGUUCCCAGUCUUGUUGAGAUGAACGGUGAUGUGUUUGCCGUUGCCGAGGCGCAGUUGAAGGAUGAAAGCGAUUUUAAUGGGAUUGCCUCGGGGUUCCUGGAGUGGAAUGACAAAGCAUCAAAAGAAUUGGAUAAAACUAAACUGAAGACGCAAGUACUGGUGGAAUGUUUUUCCGAUAAGGAGAAUUGUGCCUCCCGUGGAGCCGAUCUGGUUGUCUCCCAAGGAGUGAAGAAGGUACAUGUGAGUCGACCAACAACAGUCGUUAAGGAAAGUGAUAUUUACAUGCUCGUUGGAAAAUACUGUCGGAAACCUGCUGCCGCUGGUGCUGGGGGGAGUGAAGCAGAUGAAUGGGGACUUUUGCUGGUGAAGGGCCAAGCCAGUGGUAAUGGGGAAAGCAGCAAAGGAAUCCUUUGGAAAGAAACAAACGAUGUUCCACUGACAGCUUUUGUGGAGGAACCUCAAUCCUUGACGCGGCUGAUUGGCAGUGGUGGAUCGGGUGUUAAGAUGGAGGACGGUACGCUUGUGUUUCCCGUGGAAGCCACGAAGAAGAACAAGGAUGCAAAGACCAUUUCGUUGGUCAUAUACUCCUCGGAUGCUAAACUUUGGACGCUGUCGAAGGGGAUGUCUGACGAUGGCUGUAGUGAUCCCUCCGUCGUGGAGUGGAAGGACAAACUCAUCAUGAUGACUGCGUGUGAUGAUGGCCGCCGCAGGGUGUACGAGUCCGGUGACAAGGGGGAUUCGUGGACGGAGGCACUCGGGACACUCUCGCGCGUGUGGGGCAACAAAAAGGGUGAAAUCGUUGAGAACGGGUUCAUCACAGCGACGAUUGAGGACAGGGACGUGAUGCUCGUUACUCUGCCGGUGUAUUCCAAGGAGGACAGUAAAAAAGUAACGGGCAAUGGAAAGGGCAGACUCCAUCUUUGGCUGACGGACAAUACGCACAUUGUCGAUAUUGGGCCGGUAUCCGAUGAUGACGUUGCCGCCAGCUCCCUGUUGUACAAAAGUGCUGGAAGUGGAGAUAAUAAGAAGGAGGAGCUUAUUGUACUAUACGAGAAGAAGAAGGGCGAUGGAGAAUCAUCACACAGUCUUUGGUCUGUGCUCCUGACUGAGCAGCUGCAGCGUGUGAAGGAUGUGCUGGCGACGUGGAAGAAAGUGGACGACCUUGUCUCCAAGCUGUGCACCACUUCAAGUGCUGAGAAGGAUGCCUCACCUGAAAAUGCCUGCAGCACUACUGUUAAGAUCACGGAUGGGCUGGUUGGCUUUUUGUCUAACAACUUCUCUGAGAACACAUGGAGGGACGAGUACCUCGGGGUGAACGCCACGGUGAAGAAGAAAGAUGGGGCAACAGAGGAUGCAGGGGAGACGGGGGCAACAAAGACUUCCGAUGGUGUGACUUUCCAGGGAGCGUGGGCGGAGUGGCCUGUUGGCAGUCAGGUGGAGAAUCAGCUGUACCACUUUGCGAACUACAACUUCACUCUUGUGGCGACGGUGUCCAUCCACAAGGUGCCGGAGGGAGAUAACACUAUUCCUUUGAUGGGUGUGAAGAUGAAUGGUGAACAAGGGAAAUUUUUUGGGUUGUCUUACGAGAAGGAAAAGAAAUGGAAGUUACUGUGCGGUGACGGAACGAACGAGGAGCUCAGCAGCAUUGGGGAACCUGAGACAACACACCACGUGGUAAUUUUGCUACGAAAUGGCAACCAGAGCUCCGCGUACGUCGACGGUCAGCGUGUGGGGAAUGGACAAUGUGAAUUGAAAGAUAUGGAAUCGCAAGACAUCUCACACUUCUACAUUGGAGGGGAUGGAGGUGCGAAAGGCGUCUCAGAGGUCCAAGACGUGUCUGUGACUGUGAAGAACGUCCUGCUGUACAACCGCCCGUUGAGUGACAAUGAGAUUGGCGUCCUUAACCCAAAUAAAGUCGCCAUUCAACAUUUGAAGGAUAAGUCGUCGGAGCCUUCAACAGUUUCUUCUGAUUCCGUUAAUCCUAACACCUCUCCGGCUACCGCAGAUGCUCAGCAAACCGGAACUUUGUCUACUCCUGACGGAAAACAUCUGACGGAACAGGGACAAUCGAUGGGGAGCAGUAAUGCGGGCAGUGGCGGUGCAUCCACAACAGCGGUGUCCGCUAUAACUACUCCUUCAGCAGGAGAGGAGUCCGUAUUGCAGGUGACGUCAGGAACAUCUCCCGAAGGAACUCAAACUGUGGGUGGCGGUUCUACUGCUGAUGGCGAGCCAACGAUGGAGACAAGAGAAGGAGGAACGAAUGGGCAGGAGGAGGAGGUUAAUACACAGCUCGGGGAAGUAAAUGCCACGACACUCAGCAGCAACCUCGGAAAUGUGUCGCAAGAAAAUAACAGCGAUGCCGGCAGCAUGUGUGGGAGCGGACUGCUGCCAUCGCUGCUUCUGCUUCUGUUGGGACUGUGGGUGUUUGCGGCUCUGUGA